UUUUUUUUUUUUUUUCCCAAUUAAACAAUGAUAACAGCAGAUUCCCAAUCAUCCCCUCCACACUAUAGGAAACACACAUAAUUGCACCCAACAAUCGUUUUCACUAUAGAAACCUGUGCUUUUAAGCUAUUUCACUUCUCUUUCUUUCAUUUCUUGCUUUUUCUUUUUCUUUAACCCUCCAAUAUAAAUACAUAUCAAUCUCUAUCACCUUAUAUUCACCGCCUAUCUUUUUCUCAUCGUCCAUAAUGGAUCCUUCAUGCACCACCACCACUACCAAUAGUACUACUACUGUCAAUGGUUUCUGCAACUUUCUCACUCGAGGACUAGAUGAUCUUGAUCGAUGUUUUCUUUCUAAUAAUUUCAUGUCAAUUCAAUUCCUGCAAAAAGUCCUCUCUUCACUCCAAUCUUUUCAUUCCCAAUUGACCCUUUUGGUUCAAAGGCUUCAUCUUCCUAUAGGCGAUAAAUGGCUAGAUGAAUACAUGGAUGAAAGUUCAAGAUUAUGGGAAGCUUGUCUUAUUCUCAAAUCUGGAGUUUCAGGAAUGGAAAAUUAUUACUCUUCUGGUUCUAAUAUAGCUUCUUCUCUCGAUGGAUUCCACCUUUUGAAUGCACAAGUUUCGCGCCAGGUGUACAGGGCAAUCAUGGGUUGCCAAAGGGAAAUUCUAGUGUUGGAAGAGGAUAACAAGAGCUUGAUGGAAACAAGAGUUAGAGCAUUAUCAUUACAAUUUGAUGAGAAUGUGUCAGUAGAAUCAAAAUUAAAUGCAUAUAAUGGGUUUAGAGGUGUUCUUUAUGCAAUGAGAAAUGUUAGUUCAUUGCUUCUAAUGAUUUUAUUUGGAGGGCUUGUUUAUUGUUGGCCUGAAACAAGUUUUUGCCAAGGAGGAUAUGAAGGGCAUGUAAUUUUUGGAUCAUCUUUUAUGGUUUCAAUGGCAAGAUUACAAGAAAGAGUGGCAAAUGAGAUGGACCAAAUUGGUGGGCAGCCAGGAAUUAUGCUUUAUGAGUUUAGACAAGCAAAAAUUUCCAUGGAAGAGUUAAAAGUGGAGUUAGAGAGUAUUAUGGAGUAUGAAUCAGAAGUUGAGAUCCAAGACAAAGUUGACAACUUGAAGGGUUGCUUUGGGUUGUUAAGAUGUGGGGUUGAGACCAUAAUUGGGCAGCUUGAUGAUUUCUUUGAUGAAAUAGUUGAAGGAAGAAAGAAACUUUUAGACAUGUGCACUCAUAGAUAGAAAAAUGAAAGAAAAAAAAGAUAGAAAAGUAUUGCACAUGUGCAGCCAUAGGUAGAGAGCUAGUGAAAAAGUGAAAAGAAGCUGACAAUGUAGUCAGCAGCUAAUAUGGCAUGAGUGCCACUUUUUUCAAUUUUCUUUUAUUUUACCUUUUCUAUAAACUUUUUAAAAAAAAUAUAUAUUUGACAUUUUAUUAUUUACUAUCUA